UUCCAGCACCGCCCCCACUUUACUUUUUUCUUAACCACGCAACCUCCAUUAUAAUCACAAUUGUUUUUUCACACAUUAUUCCAAUUCUCACAAAUUUCAACGAAAAUGUCCGAUUCUGUUUUCGCCAGCAUCGUUCAGGCUCCUGAAGAUCCGAUUUUAGGGGUAACUGUUGCUUAUAACAAAGAUCAGAGCCCGGUUAAGUUGAAUUUAGGCGUCGGAGCUUAUCGAACUGAGGAAGGAAAACCUCUUGUUCUCAAUGUAGUGAGGAAGGCAGAGCAAAUGCUUGUGAAUGAUGAAUCUCGUGUGAAAGAAUAUCUUCCAAUUACUGGAGUGGCAGAUUUUAACAAAUUGAGUGCCAAACUCAUUUUUGGAGCUGACAGUCCUGCCAUUCAGGAGAAUAGAGUGACUACUGUCCAGUGCUUGUCUGGAACUGGCUCAUUGAGGGUUGGAGGAGAGUUUUUGGCCAAACAUUAUCAUGAGAAAACUAUAUACAUUCCAUUGCCGACAUGGGGAAAUCAUCCCAAGGUUUUUACUUUAGCGGGGUUGUCAGUGAAGACUUAUCGAUACUAUGAUCCUAAAACUCGUGGCCUGGACUUUUCAGGACUACUGGAAGACCUUCAAAAUGCCCCUUCUGGAGCAAUAGUUCUUCUUCAUGCAUGCGCUCACAACCCAACAGGUGUAGAUCCAACCUCUGAUCAGUGGGAGCAAAUCAGGCAAUUGAUGCGAUCAAAAGCAUUAUUACCUUUUUUCGAUAGUGCGUAUCAGGGUUUUGCUAGUGGGAGCCUUGAUGCAGAUGCAACGCCUGUUCGGAUGUUUGUUGCUGAUGGAGGAGAAUGUCUUGCAGCACAGAGCUAUGCUAAAAACAUGGGACUUUAUGGUGAAAGAGUUGGUGCGCUUAGUAUUGUGUGCAAAGGUGCAGACGUUGCAUCUAGAGUUGAAAGCCAAUUGAAAUUGGUCAUCAGGCCCAUGUAUUCCAAUCCUCCUAUUCACGGUGCAUCGAUUGUGGCAGCUAUACUUAAGGAUGGGGACAUGUAUACAGAAUGGACAGUUGAGCUGAAAGCCAUGGCUGAUAGGAUUAUCAGCAUGCGCCAUCAGCUUUUUGAGGCUUUGCAAGCCAAAGGGACACCGGGUGACUGGAGCCAUAUCAUCAAACAGAUAGGGAUGUUCACAUUUACAGGAUUGAACAGUGAUCAAGUUGCUUUCAUGACAAAGGAGUUUCACAUUUACAUGACGUCUGAUGGGAGAAUCAGCAUGGCAGGUCUGAGUUCAAGAACGAUUCCCCAUCUUGCAAAUGCUAUACAUGCUGCUGUUACCAAAGCUGCAUAGAACAGUCGGUUAACGGCGCGAUUUUGAGCAGUGAAUUUUAGUGUCUGUUGAAUAAAAGGCUAUAAUGUGAUUUGGAAGACAGUGUGAUGAGAAUGUGAGAUUGAUUUGAACAAUUUCUCUUUUGAAUUGAAACCAGUGGCUGUAUCGUUUCCGCCUCAAUAAUAUUUCUCUCAAUUUCAAUA